GCUAGGAGUAGGGUUGGGAAUGUGUUUAAUCAUUAAUGGUAAAGUUUGGAUUAUCUUGGGAUAUUGACAUUUUACAUAGUGUGUGAUUGUGAUUCAAAGAUAAUUUUUAAUGUUGUCUGUUAUUGUACAGGUGUUAAGAUAUGGCUCGGAAGCUACGUUUACAUAGUCCGGCUGGAGCAGAACCGGUAAUAUAUGACUGGCCUCUGUCAAUAUCGGAUAGAUAUGAUGAAGCAGCUGAAAUCAUAGAUACUAUUAGGUGGGUAUGUGAGGAUUUCCCAGAAUUAAAGCUGGUAAUGGAGAACCGUGUGCUGGUGGAUUAUGACACUAAAAGUUUUGAGAGUAUGAAAAAGAUGUGUGACAAGUACAAUUCAGCCAUUGACAGUGUUCUAGAAUUG